CCCAAUAUGCCUUUCGCGUCUGUAUACUGACAAAAAGGUUCUUAUUUAAAGCAGUGGAGGACCCUGGAGAGUUGAAAUUAGUUUCUGGUUGUGAUGCUCUGCCAGUUCUGUUGUAAAUGUCAUUCCUGUAAACAAGUUUUUCUUACAAACUGUGUGGUUCAGUUCAAACAUGGAUGUUCUUGUUAUAUUUAAGCAUGUUUUAUGUAUCAGGCAUGAAUAAAAAUGUUAUAUGUGUUUUUUAGAGCAAAGUGAAGAUUCAGAUUUGCGUAAGUAAACCAAAAUCCCACUAUUUUCAUUGGUAUUCUAAUAAAGAGCACUCACAUUUUUGUGUCUUAUUUUCUUCUGUGCAGGUCCACUCAUUAGCCACGAGCAACGUAGAGACACACAACAAUAUGAUACAUUUACUGAAUUCACUGACUCUACUAAUGAGCUUAGAUUUAUUAUGCUCGGCGGUGAUGAAGACCUUAUGGAUGAUGCAUGUCACAUCAUUCUUAGAGAAAGAGCUGAAAGAACUGAAAUACGGCACAGAAAAGGUCAUGUGUUUGGCAGAAAGAUCUGUGUGGUGAAAACACCUUCCACCAGCAUGAGAUCACUGUUGCUUUAAAUCAAGAGAAAAAUCUAUGAAAGAUGAGAUGGUAGAUUGUGCAUCUCUGGUCUUUCCUGGACCUCAUGCAUUUCUAUUAGUGGUCAACAACAGGAAAGUGACUGAGAAGGAGUAUAAUAUUUCAAAAGAAAUUGCCAACGUGUUUGGCGAAGAAGCCUUAGACUAUGCGAUGGCUUUGAUCAUUGGAAGACCUGAACCGAAAGGAAUCAAUAGUGUCAGGAAGCAUGUAAAUAGGUGUUAUACAUUAGAGGACAAUGAGCAAAGUGUUCAGGGUCUAUUCAGAGAAACUGAAAGAAUGACACAAAACAAGAAAUCCACAUUUUUUAUUCAGUCAUCAUAUGAAAAACUCAUGAAAAAGACAUUUUUAUCAUGGGAAAAGGAAAAACAUGCAGAAAUGAGAAAAGAAAACGAGAGACUUCUAAAGGAGAAAGAAGAACAGCACUCCAAAAAAGUGAAUGAAUUAAAAGAAGAGUUCAGAAUUACUGAAAACAAACUAAGAAAAGACAUAGCAGAAAAAGAAGAUCAGCAUGCACAGGAUGUGGCUAAAAUAGUAGAAACUGAGUGUAACCAAAAGAGAGACAUAGAGACUUUGAAAUGUUUCAUGAUUGAUCAUUUUAUACACAUAACCAGUCAGCAUGCGGUGCAACCGGUCAUUUCAAGUUCCCAUGAGAAUCCACUGAUUAAAAAAUUAGAGGCAGACGGUGAGAAAAACCCGAGAAAUAUAUUUUCUUCAAUUAUUGAUGAUCUGGUAGAGAAGUUAAAGACUUCUAAAGAGGGUGAGAGAUACUUGAUUGAAACUUUUCUUCAGCGCGAGAAUGAACAGAAAAAUAAAAUUGAAGAACUCCAAGAAGAAGUUGAGCAACUCAAAGCAAAGAAAAGUGAGCUAGAAAAGAAACUGAUGGAAGCAAAUGAAAGAGAAACAUGGGCUAAUAAACAGGUGGAGGUAACACUAGAUAGAAAUCUGCCUACAGAUUUGGACAAACUUCAAGGGGAUCUGGAUAGACAAGCAAAAGUGAAAUCACAGCAUGUAAUCAGUGGAUCAGGACAUGAGCGACUCAGCAGCAUGGAGUCAACUUCACCUGUCUUAUCUGAAGAAAAUAAAGACAGACCUCUAGAUGAAACAGUGGGAGAAAUAAAGAGCAGAAAGGAAGAUUCACAAGCCAGUGAAUCACACAACUCUGGAGGCUUCAAACUUGUGCGACGGAAAAGUAUUAACAAGCCACCCGAUAGUAAGUAUACAGUACAUCAAUUCAAGCAUCAUCCUAAACACUACAGCACAAGAUGUGUUAUGCUUUGCUAUGUUUUCUGUCUCCUACAGUGUCUAAAGAUCAUAGUGGAAAUAAAGAUUCACAAGCCAGCAGAUCAAGAGUGGAGGAUUGUUAAACCUGUUUCUUGCACAUUAAAUUUCAAUAAGACAUGGCACCUAAAAUUAUCUCUGUGCUUCUGUUUUUAGUGACUGGAAGUGAACACGGACCUCUACAUGCUCUCUGAAGAUUGUGAUUACAAAGAGGUAAAUUUAAGGCUUUCACACUUUUCCAGUGAAGUUCAUCUCAUCAAUAUUCAUCAGUCUGCUGUUAUGUCGUCAGGAAAAGACCAAUGAAAACAAUUAUUACACAAAAAGCAAAGUGGCAGAUCCUCUUUGAGUGUGAAACAGCCAACAAAACAAGUAUAACAUUUUGCCAUGAUGGACAAUAUCUUGGAUUAGACUGUGGAUUAUGGGCAACUGAACACCAAAUAAUUUAAAGAUAGUGUCAGUGCAUGAAAAAAGAAAUAAAAUAUACAGGAACCAAAAAAGCAUACCAUAAUGUCUGCAAUAUGAUGUUUGUAACAAAGUUACCUUUUAAGAUUUCUGUAUAGCAGAGAUUUACCAGGUAGUGUCCAGUUUUAUUUUCCAGUAAUAAAGAUAACUAAAACUGUUUUAUUCUCAUUUAGGUUCCUCCACUGAGUUUUUACAGUGGUUAGUUUAUCCCAUUUCAAAUAUGUCUGCCAACUUGGGCCAUUCACUGUGGUCAUCAUUAAUAACUUAAUACAUUUGGCACAUAAUAUUAAUUAUUAGUCAAAGUGAAUAGAGGUUCAAACCCUAUUGAAGGUAAUCUGUGCUAUAUCACUGUUGUUCACUACUGUGUCCUUGGCCAAGGAACUAAACUUCCUGUUGAUCUAGUUGGAGUAAACCUGUAGUAAAAACGUACUGUGAUGCUUUGGUUUACAAUUCUUGCAGCUGCUUCAGAGCUGCUGUCGGCCUCUUGGUCGCCUCUCUGACCAGUUUCCUCCCGGCUCUUUCAUCCAGUUUGGAGCGACGUCCUGAUUCAGGGAGGGUCUGUGCUUUACCAAAUACCUUCCACUUCUUAAAGGGUUAGUUCACCCAAUAAUGAAAAUUAGGCUUUGUUUUACUCACCCCCGUGGCAUCCUAAGUGUAUAUGACUUUC